AUGUUUGUCUGGCAAAGCCAUUCAUCCUUUCGUACAUCCCUCCCUAUUACUUUCUGUUGCCUCUUCCUCCUCCUCCUCUUCCUCCUCCUCCUCCUCCUUUCUCGUAAGCCUCUCUCUGUGUUCUUUACCCUUCUUGCAUGUUUUGCAUACGUUUCUGUCCUUUCUUCCAUUUAUCUCUCUCUAUUUUCUUUUUUUUCUUGUAUACUUUGCCUUCGUUUUCUUUACCUUUUUCUUAUACCUAUCACUUUCUAUGACCUUCUCUUUCUUCUUCUCUUUCGUCUGUCUGUCUGUCUCUCUCUCUCUCUCUCUCUCUGCAUCCUUUCUCCUUUUUGUUGCAUACUUUGCCUUCGUUUUUUUCUCUCAUAUCUUCUUUGUACACUCUUCUCCUUUUUCUUUUGCUAUUUAUUUCAUGCAUCCCUCUUUUCCUCAUCCAACUUAAUUUCUUCUAUCUAUCUAUCUAUCUAUCUAUCUAUCUAUCUGCCACCACGUCUCCACUUUAAAAAAAUCUUUUUUACACCAACAGAACAUCACCCUAUUGCUUUGUCUAUUACACGCCACACUUUACCGCCCACCCGACACCGCUCUUAA